CUAGAAACUAACGAGGGGCGUAUGAUUUUACAUGCUGCACUAAAUAAACAACAGGCAGACACAGCCGGAUCGAGCGUUUCAGGCCAGCGCGGCCCUCGCAGCCGCCUCUCGCUCCCGGGGAGCCGGAGGCGUUGCUCACGCAGGCGGCCGGGCAGGCCGGCAGGGCUAGGGGCGGUGGAGGCGGGCAGGGGCUAGACAAGGGCCUAGACAAGGACUCCGAGCACUCCCCAGCUUCCCCCUGUCGAUGCCGCUGCCCCUCUGCGGCGAAGGGUGGCGGGGUCGCCACUGCCGGCUAACUCGGUGCCGCUCCGGGGGGCCGGGCCGAAGCCGCUGCCCCCCAUUCCCGCCCCGGUUAUGAAACCGCGGGGGGAGGGGCCAGCGCCGGCCGCGGCGGGGCCGGGAGAACCGAGUCCGCGGGAGCGCAGUGAUCAGACAGAAUGGCUCCAGUGAACCAGCCAAAGGACAAGAAGCGUGAGAGAGCAUGUCAGCAUUGGCCAGAAGAGGCAAAAUCAGCUGGGAAGAGGAAACGGGACUGUGGAGAACGAGGGAAUGAGAAACAAGAAAGGAAGUUUGUGAGAAAAACAUUUAAACCCUUAGGGAAAAGAGGUUGCUGUGGAGAUGGAUUUGUGAUGAGAAACAAGAGAGUCCUUUCCUCUCAGCUGGAGCGGCGAUGCAGCAUUGUUCAUUAUGUCUACCAGAAAAUGCUGGGAGGCUCCUUUCAGGCACAGCUCAGGCAGAGAUUGGAGCUGGCUUUUCUGCGUUCUCUUUCCUCAUACUGCCUCUUUCGAAGAGCAAGUCCCUUUGACAGGAGAGUGACGUGUCUGGAAUGGCACCCAACACACCCCAGUACGCUAGCUGUUGGUUCCAAAGGUGGAGACAUCAUCCUUUGGGACUGUGAAGUACUUGCUAAAACCUGCUUCAUAAAGGGGAAAGGGCCAGGAGAUUCUCUUGGAGACAUCAAGUUCAGUCCUUAUGAGGCAGAGAAGCUUUAUGUGGCAUCGGGUGAUGGCACCCUAAGUCUGCAGGAUCUUGAGGGCAGAGCGGUGCAGGUGAUCUCUCAUGCCCUGGACUGUGGCCAUGAGCAUCAUAAUGUUUGUUGCUGGUACUGCAGUGUGGAUGUUUCUGCAAGCUGCCGUGCCGUGGUGACCGGUGAUAAUGUGGGCAACGUGGUCCUGCUCAGCACUUCCGGUGAAGAGAUCUGGAAGCUGAAAUUGCACAAGAAGAAAGUGACUCAUGUAGAGUUUAACUCCCGAUGUGAGUGGAUGUUUGCCACAGCAUCUGUGGAUCAGACAGUCAAAAUCUGGGACCUCAGAAACAUCAAAAACAAAACGAACUUUCUUCAUCUGCUUCCACAUGAGAAACCAGUCAAUGCAGCUUACUUCAGCCCAACACAUGGUGCCAAGCUUCUGAGCACAGACCAGCACAAUGAAAUCAGGGUUUAUUCAUCUUCAGACUGGACCAAGCCACAGCAUCUGAUUCCACAUCCACAUAGGCAGUUUCAGCACCUCACACCUAUUAAGGCAACGUGGCAUCCUCGCUAUGACCUCAUUGUGGUAGGUCGCUACCCAGACCCCAAGUUCCCCGGGUACACGCUGAACGAGCUGCGAACUGUGGAUGUGUUUGAUGGAAACACCGGCGAGAUGGUUUGUCAGCUCUACGAUCCAAAUGCUUCUGGGAUCAUCUCGCUCAAUAAGUUUAACCCUAUGGGAGACACACUGGCUUCUGGCAUGGGCUUUAAUAUUCUGAUUUGGAACCAGGAGGAGAUGGCAGUCAAGAAGCAUGAACAUCUUUUGAAAGCCAUGAGAAACGAGGAGAUUGAACCAUGACAGAACAGGGGAUUGAAAGCUGGAGUUGAUCCAGACGUGGAGGGCAGAGGCAGGCAAACCCUGGCACAAGCAAACUCAAAAGCUAACUUAAUGUCCGGGGAGCUAGAGGAGAUGAAAAUGAAAAGCAGUGAUUCUAAACUGCAGGGAAGGAAGUGAAAAGAGACCGAUCUAGAGAACUGAUUUAGUAUUUUGAUCCUUUCUCAAUCCCAGGGUAGAAACUCAGUUGUUGGCAAUGGGCAGUAUAAGCCGUGAAGGGAAUUAGACUUUGUCCUUCCUCCCUGGAUCUGAUGUUGCUUCCCUGAUACUCUUGGCCUCCUUUUCUAGAAAGUUGUGUGAGUAUUUGGUUCCUCUAAGUGGAGUUAUUACUCAUUUUCUGAGGCACUAGGAAAACUUAAAAGAUGUUCCCAGAUCUUGCUGAAUUUACUGCUUUCAGCCUACCAUAUCUAUUUGUCAUCACUUGUCAGAGGUUCCCAUUUCCUGUAGUCUGCAGUGGAGCAGCUCAUGACAGGGUCCUCAGCCUGUUCUGGUCCAACCCAGUUGAGAAACCUUUUGCUAACAGGUUUGACAUCCUGAAAAGAUAGAAUGUUCACAGGGUUGAAGUCAUGGAUAGCUUGGGUAUCCUAGGAAACACCAAGCUCUCAUAUGCAAGCUUGGAAAAUGUGUUUGUCAAGACAUCAGGCUUAGCCUGUUCUCUGCUUGCAGCUGUUUAACUGGACCACAAAGAACAGGAUGCCAGAGGUCUCUAUCAUUGAUUGCAAGGACAUUGUGGAGCUGGGCACCUGCUGAUUCUCUAGUUUCUGUUUUCAGAGUUCUAGGCUGUUUCUUGCCAACGAUAGGUAAUGUUUUUCAUCCAUGCCUAUGUGCUUCAGAAUGUUUGGUAAGAGUGUUAUAAAGCAGGAAUGAGGGAUUUCUUCCAAAUACCCCUGCUCAGAGCCAAAUCUUAAGACUGUUGUUAAAGGGUUAAGUUUUGCUUUUUCUACUUUGUUUACAAGGCUGCCUGGGGCCUUGCUGCUGUCCCAGAGGUUGAUGGGAUGGGUUCCAGGCCUGUGCAGAUUCUCCACAUUCAUGUUUAUAGUUUUGCAAUAUUAAUAUCAAUAAAAUUUUGUACUAAACUAAAA